AUGGAUGGCGAGUCGAUCAACCACGUUCUAUUUGCAUGCACUUUGGCUAGAAAAAUAUGGGCAAUUUCGGGGUUUCCUUCUCCACCUGGGGGUUUUGAUGUGGACUCAGUGUUUCAAAAUGUAAGCUACUUAUUAAGAGUGUGGAAAGACCAAAGAUGUGACGUUGGUUUAACGAGAGUGUUUCCAUGGAUUCUGUGGUAUCUGUGGAAAAAUAGAAAUUCUCUUCUAUUUGAUGGUUUCACAUAUGAAGGGGAACAAGUUUUUGGGAAAGCAAGAGAGGCAUCUGAUCUUUGGUACUUAGCUCAAGAUUUGGAGAAUGAUGAUGAAGGGAGAGGUAAUGGUGGGUUAUGUAUUAGGGAUACGACUUGGAAGGCUCCACCUUGGGAUGUUGUUAAGUGUAACAUCGGAGUCUUUUGGUCAAAAAAGACGAAGAUCUUGGGUGCGUCUUGGGUUGUUAGGGAUCAUCGGGGUGUGGUGCUGCUUCAUAGUCGUUGCUCCUUUGGAUUGGUGGGGACUAAGGACGAGGCGUUCUUUAUCAGUGUUGUGUGGGCUAUGGAAAGUAUGGCAAGUCAUAGAUGUCUGAAGGUUCAUUUUUCAUUUGAAAGACCAGAAUUGGUGAAUGCUAUCAAUAGGCCAAAGGCGUGGCCUUCCUUCAAAUCUAAAGUGACACAAAUCAGAGCAAUACUGGAGAAUUUUUUGGUGUGGAAAGGUAUAUGCCGAACCGUUUGA